CUUGAUAAGUUUAAACCCUAACCCAAAAGAGAGCACAAAAUUAGCUUUCAUAACAUUUGAGAGCCAAAGGCAAAUACCAAAACCCAAAGAAGAAAAUGCCUUCUUCACGAAUCCUAACCAACAAAUUCCCCACCACCUUCUCAUUUUUCACUUCCUCUUCUUCUUCUUCCACCUUAAACUACCGUCACCUAACUCCGUCACAGCACCGCUCGAUCUCCUCCACGUCACAGCUCCACAACUCAUGGGUGGAUAAGAUCAAAGGGGCCUUCACUGGGCAGAAGCAGAAGACCACUACAGGUCCAGAAGGAGGACCCCAAAUCAGCUCCGAAGCGUUCACUCUCCUCCGGUUUGCAGAUGAGUUGAAGAAUGCGAGAAGGAUAGGGACAUUCAAGCAGUAUAUAGUGGGACGAAGCAGUGAAGCGACAUUUGCAGAUGCUUUUGAGAAACAGGAAGCUAUACUUCGAUAUCUUGGAGGCUUUGAUUCUACUGGAGAUAAUAUUCAAAGCAGUCAAAAACAAGAAGCAGCAAAGCAUUGUAAUUGCACGGUGGCAGAUGUAGAGAAUGCACUUGCGAAGUUUACAUGGGCCAAAGAGGCACAAAAGAAGCUAGAGAAGUUAAAAGAAGAAGGGAAACCUAUGCCGAAGAACAUUGCUGAGGUGCAAAAACUGAUGGGUUCAACACCAUUGGAUAUUGCCAGGUCUAAUUUGGCCAAGAGUGGGCAAAUCAGUAGAAAUGCGCUAUGCCCUUGUGGUUCCAAGAAGAGAUACAAAAGGUGCUGUGGGAAGGAUUGAUCUGAGAACAAAAAAUUUUCAGC